AUGCGCUGGCAGGGCGAGGAAAGGGAGAGAGAGACACACACACGCGAGGGAGCUGUUUUUUCUUUCUUGUCGAACAGCCGAGCGGCGGACUCAGAUGCAGACGCGGACGCGGAGGCCGAUGCAGAUGCAGAUGCAGGUGCAGGUUGUAAGAUGGAGAUGCAGAUGCAGCAGCAGCAGACUAAUAAGGGGAGGGUGGCGAAUGCGCAGCAUCAGGAUCAGCAUCGUCAUCAGAAGUGGCACCAUCGCCACAAAGCAGCAGCAGCAGUAGAAGCGCCAGCGCGCAGAGACACCACCACGGACGAAGAUGGGCAUCCGCGGGCGCACGCGCGCGCGGGUCGCCGACGGUAUCCGGCGUGCGUCGUGGUGCGUGUGCGCGCGAAAAGUGAGAGUGUGGUGUUGAAGCGUGUGUGUCUCUCUGGGCGGGAUGAGGCUCAUGGUUGGUGGUGUGGCAUUGGAGACUGGCGGGGUGCAGGGGUGUGUGGUGGGUGGUGGUCACGAGCGCGGGCGGGCGCGUCGGAGGGCGCUGAUGGGCCUGUGGUGUUGUGUGUGUUGUGUGAUGAUGACAGGUUCACCAAGGCAGGCAAGCAGGCAUCUGGAUGGACGGCCGGCGCACGAACCAACGACGCCACCACCACCACCGCCGCCGACCAGGCCCAGCCCAUCGCCUGGAGAAGGGUAAGGGCCCGCGCGCGCGCGCUGAGGCUCGGUGGAUUGCCGAGAAAGUGGCUUGCCGCGGAGACGAGCAACCGAGCGGGUGAUGAUGUUGAUGGUGAUGAUGAUGGGAUGGGGUGA